CUCCAAUCCAAAACAAUACCUAAGAGAUAGUUGUUCCCAUAAACCCAAAGAAACCGAUAAAACCAAAUAGUGUGCUACCGUUACCUUGCAUAACCUAGGGAGGGCUUUCCUACUCAGCAGUCGGCUGCUUAGUCGCCGGAAGAAGGGAUGGUGAGAGGAGACGACUAUAAGUUUCUUAAGAUAAGGGAUGCCAUUACUUCGAUCAACCAAAAAGUGAAUCUCAUCGGCAUCAUUCUUGAGUUCGGAUCUUCACAGAAAUCCAAGGGCUCUGAUUAUUUUUGCAAGCUAAAAAUAAUUGAUGAGUCAUAUAAAGAUGGGAUUCCGGUUCAUGUUUUUGCCGAAAGUAUGGAAAUGCUUCCUUGUAUUACAUCGUCUGGAGAUAUUAUUCAGCUUUCUCGUAUCAUGAUGAAAAUCCAUGCUAAUGACGUGUAUGCCAUUUUCAACAAAAAGUUUUCGUCUUUUGCUUUAUAUAAUGGGAAAGAUGGAGAAAGUUUCCUUCCUUAUCAAAGCUCCCCAAGAUUCCACCAGAGAGAACAGGAUAAAAAGUUAAUAGCAGGCCUGAGAAAAUGGUUGGAUGAUUCUAAAUGUAAUGAAGGAUUUAAAACAAACUUCUUGUUGUUGAGAGAGAUCCAAGAUGCAUGUCGGGUUAAUUUGGCCUGCAAGGUACUUCAUCUAUGUGAGAUUGGUAAUGGGUGGAUGGUCUUCCUUUGGGAUGGCACUGAUGCUCCCUCGGUCACUGUCAUUAGAAAGCUAGAAGAUGAAAUGGCUAAUGAGCUUCCUUUACAUUUGGAACCCUUGCCUUUGUCAAGAGAUGUUUUAUGUACGUUACCUACUGUUGGAACUAUCUUGAGGGUGAUCAUUAAGCCAGAAUAUGGGAUGCAGGUCCUUCACUUGUUGGAAAUAGGAAAAUGGGUGAAAGUUUUGAACAUGAUCUGUGAAGUGCAUGCAGGACUUUGGCGUGGUGUGUUCACAACCAGUACAAGGCUCCAAAAUGUGCCUGAGGAUGAUAUUAUUGUUCAGGGACAUCUGAGCCUCUUGGAUGAGAGACUGUCGUUCAAACUGGGUAGGAUGCCAUACUGGAGCUUUCCCUGGCCUUCAGAAAUAACAGGUUUAAAAAUUUUGGUAAUUUUGUUGAGAAUAAAAUGUAGGCAAUUUUAUUCUUCUUAAACUUCUCGACUCAGAUCUGUUUCCUUCUCAUCGAUGUUACUGUUUAUGGGUGUUUCUUAAGCAUAUUAAUGGUGAUAACUGAUGACACUUUAAUAUCUUUUCUACCAUGGGCAAACAGUGGUUGACUAUGAUGGCAUGGCAUUUGCUACACUAAUGGAUGUUCUAACCUAUCCAGAGGUAUUGCAUCCUUUUGUUUCUAUUUUUUGUUUGUACUUCCUAGUCUUUCUUUUUGACCACGUUGAGAUGGAUAUUUUAUUAAAUGGGUUAAGAAUGUGUAGUCUAACCUUGCAGUGGAGUCAAAAGACUCAAUAUAAUUUUGGCUGUUGACCUUUAUUAGAUUUACUGAAAACUUAAUUAUUUUAACAAAAGAUUCUUGUUUUC